GACUUUUGUAUCCUGUCAGCCUCUCCUGAAUCUUCUUGCUAAGCGGGUGACAAUCGAGUGUAAGGAAAUUGAGGACAUAUAGAGUCCAGCGGUAAAAAUGGCACCAAUGAGCGCAGCAGAUGUAAAGAAGCACACAGUCGAGUCGCUUAAAGUUGCUCCACUAGGUGACGGUCAUCAUGGAAGAGACUUCUACAAAUAUUUCUUCACAUCCCACCCUGAAAAUCGAAAGUUCUACAAGGGCGCUGAACAAUACACCGGUGAGGAUGUACUGAAGAGCGAAAGAUUCGACAAACUUGGAGACGCCAUUUUACUAUUCGUCCAUGUCUUGGCCAACACAUAUGACAAUGAGCCAGUUUUCCUCGCCUUCACUCACAGAGUCAUGAUUGAACACUUUGAAAGAAAUAUUGAUCCAGCUCUGUGGGAAGUGUUCUUCUCUACGUUUUGGCAAGGAUACUUGGAGAGUAAAGGGGCCACGCUUAGUGCUGAUCAGAAAGCUGCAUGGAAUACAUUAGGUGUGCUGUUCAACAAGGAAAGCCAAGCAUACCUGAACAAAGUCGGACGUCCCCAUGUAUAAGCUUUGUCGCAGUAUGUGUUUAGUCUGUUCUGCUUAAUUUUGCUAAUAAAGAUCAGCAUGCAA